CGCCGACGCUCCGCCGUAAGCAAAGCUUGUGUACCAUAAAAAAACUUACCAUGAUUUCAAAAACUAAGUAGUCAGCGGUAAACCGUUCGGUUGAUCUUUCAAAAAUGAGGGAAUUACUAAUCGCAUUAGCUAUUAUUGGCGCGGUUAGUGCCAGCGGAUAUGGCGGAGGCGGUUACGGAGGUGGCGGGGGUGGCUACGGUGGCGGUGGUUACGGAGGCUAUGGAGGCGAUAUUUCCUUAAUUGGCUAUCCCAUGCCAUACUUUGGCUUUCCCUUCAUGGGCUAUCCCUUCUUCCCGGGUCUUUUUGGACCGUGGGGUCUGGGAUUUGGAGGAUUUGGUGGUUUUGGAUACGGCGGAUUUGGAGGAUAUGGUGGCUUUUACGGAGGCGGCGGUGGCUUUGGCGGCGGUGGUUACGGUGGUGGUGGCGGUGGUUAUGGUGGCGGCGGCGGCGGUUACGGAGGUGGCGGUGGCAUGGGAGGCUAUGGCCGACGGAAAUAAAUCUUGCCGGCGCCCAGUUCUUGGAUUGACUAAUUGGAAUCUCCUUUAUGUGAUAGAAAGUUAGCAACCCUUCUGCAGUGCACAUAACCCAUACCGUUGUUGUUACGUAAUUUUAACAUUGCAUAUAUAUCAGUCACGCCCAUUCUCCGCAGUGCUUGUGUACUUGUCAUCCGUGUGGUCAGUCGUGGUGCGCUUACGGCGGAAACAUUAAUGUUUUCUUCUGGAGUGCGAAAUGUUAGCAUUCGAUCUUUUGUUCUACUGGUUUAGAACUUCUUUUGAGAACUUUCGGGAUACUUGUUUUGGCAACGUGCUGUACUGUAAUUAAUUUGCGAUAUGCUCCUGCCUAGCUGUAAUUUUGCAUUAAUCGGUUCAAUCGAGUCAGUGUCUAGUCUUUGAAUUCGCAAAUGCCAUUUGUUCAGUUGUUCAUUUGUCUUUUCUUCCGUGAUCGCGUUCCCAAAUAAAUUUGUGACUGUUA